AUGGCAGCCACGACUUUCUCUCCGCCGCCCACCACCAUCCCCGAUACUCUUCCCUCGCCUGCGUCGUCGUCCAACAGGAUGACCAACAGGAUGACGAACCGGUAUUCCGUCAAUGCCAUGUACUCUCUCGCCGCGGAGCAAGAUGUCGAUAUCGAAGACGACUUGGCGAGGGCUCAGAAACGAUUGAGGGAACUGAAAGCGAGAAUAUCAGCACAGUCCAAGAAGAAUUUCGUGUUGGAACGUGACGUCCGAUACCUCGAUUCUAGGAUCGCCCUCUUGAUUCAAAAUCGCAUGGCAGCAGAUGAAAAGAGGGAAGUCGCGGAGACACUGGAAGAAGUCGAUGAGGAUGAAGGUCUUUGGCCCGACGAGAAGAGAAUGAGCCAAUAUGCCAAUCUCUUCUUCUUGCUUCAGAGCGAGCCUCGACACGUUGCCAGUCUGUGUAGACUCGUAUCGCUCACAGAGAUCGACACGCUGUUGCAGACGGUCAUGUUCACCCUCUACGGAAAUCAGUACGAACAGAGGGAAGAGCACUUGCUCUUGACAAUGUUCCAGUCUGUCUUAUCCGCUCAAUUCGAAACCACAUCCGAGUUUGGCUCCCUUCUCCGUGCCAACACACCCGUCUCACGGAUGAUGACGACCUAUACCCGUCGAGGUCCCGGUCAAAGUUAUCUCAAGAGCGUCCUAGCGGACAGGAUCAACUCCUUGAUAGAGCACAAGGAUCUGAACUUGGAGAUCAAUCCGCUCAAGGUGUACGAGCAAAUGAUUCAGCAGAUUGAGGAGGACACUGGAACUCUUCCUCCAUCACUGCCUCGUGGUGUCCCGCCCGAGACCGCUGCUGCAAACUCCGACGUUCAAGCUAUCAUCGUUCCUCGUCUCACAAUGUUGAUGGAGAUCGCCAACACGUUCCUCAGUACCAUCAUCGAGAGCUUGGACACGGUGCCCUACGGCAUCAGGUGGAUCUGCAAGCAGAUCAGGAGCUUGACGAGGCGCAAAUACCCGGAAGCUUCCGAUGCGUCCAUAUGUUCCCUUAUUGGAGGAUUCUUCUUCCUCCGGUUCAUCAACCCCGCCAUCGUCACUCCUCAAGCGUACAUGUUGGUCGAUGGAGUCCCUGCAAAGCACCCCAGACGGACGUUGACAUUGAUCGCCAAGAUGCUGCAGAAUCUUGCGAAUAAACCAUCCUACGCAAAGGAGCAGUAUAUGAUGUCUCUCAAUCCAUUCGUCGAGACCAACAAGGUCAGGAUGAAUCAAUUCUUGAAUGCCCUAUGUGAGGUUGGGGACUUUUACGAUUCAUUGGAGCUCGACCAGUACAUGGCACUUUCGAAGAAGGAUCUGCAAAUCAACAUCACCUUGAAUGAACUGUAUAACACCCACUCAUUGCUGAUGCAACACAUGGACGUGCUGUCACCUAACCAGAAACAUCACCUCCGAAUCUUGCUCGAUGAACUUGGCACUGCGCCGGCUCAAGUCCCUCGAAAGGAGAACAGGUCGAUUGAGCUUCCCCUCUACUCUCGCUGGGAGACUCCCAUCCAAGACCUAUCUGCUGCUCUCAUGUCGGACAGCGUGACUCAAAACGAUAUCAACUACAUGGAAGCCAAGUCCAUCUUUGUUCAACUUUUGCGAUCGAUGCCUAAUCUCGCUGAGAAGCGGCCUAUCGACCUACCCGCGCUGGCGGAAAAGGCAGCAACGUCAAAAGAUCCGAUGCUCGUGAGAAGAGGUAUCAAGGUUCAGAACCUCCUCGCGGAGUUGGAUGCCGCGAAAGUCGUUGAUAAAUCGGAUGAUUACAAGAUCAUCCAGGAUGAAGUGGCGGCAGAGAUGGUCCACUUGGGCAACGCAAAGGAAAAAGUGGUGCUUGAGACCAGGUCCCUCGAAGCGGUCUACAAGACCAUUGGAGAUCACAACAAUUAUCUCAGGAGUCAAUUGGAACAGUACAAGGCGUACCUCCAGAAUGUUCGGCUCACAACGGCCAAAGACAAGCAUGCGGGUGGAGUCGGCGUGGUCAGUGUCAAUGGCAAAGAGAAGAAGCCCGUCAAGACGACUGUUCUGGGGCCCUACAGAUUCACGCAUACGCAAUUUGAGAAGGAGGGUAUCAUCAUGGAGAGUAAUGUCCCAGAGAGCAGACGGAUCAACAUCUACUUUAACAUUACUUCGCCGACUCCUGGAACGUUCAUCAUUGCCCUUCAUUUCAAGGGGAGAGAAAAGCCUAUAUUGGAGAUGGAUCUGAAGAUUGACGAUCUGUUGGAGAAACAAAAAGACAACCAAGCCAUGCUUGAUCUGGAAUAUGUACAGCUGAAUGUACCAAAAGUCUUGGCUCUUUUUAACAAGCUGUUCUCUAAACGACGUUGA